GCAUCGUCCCGGCAGUGAUGGCGGUCGGUUUGGCGCUCUGCACCUUGCCAUGCUUUCUGAUGGACUUGGCCAGAGGCCAAGUUUUGACGCAAGUCGGAAAGGAGACUCCAGAGGAAGACUCCGUGAAGGAGCCUCCAAAGGAAGACUCCGCGAAGGAGCCUCCACAGGAAGACUCCGCGAAGGAGCCUCCAAAGGAAGACUCCGUGAAGGAGCCUCCAAAGGAAGACUCCGCAAAGGAGCCUCCAGAGGUAGACUCUGCGAAGGAGCCUCCAAAGGAAGACUCCGUGAAGGAGCCUCCAAAGGAAGACUCCGAGAACGAGGACCCUGUCAAGUUCUCCUAUCACGAGUUGGAGCAUCUCGAGCAGAUCGGGGUACAGAUGGGCAUUGUUAUGAAGCCGGUCUUCGUUUUGCAGCCUUCCAACUUCACCUGGGCCACGGAGCUCUGGGUAACACAACUCAGCUUGGCCGCUUUUGCGGCAGUCCAGCUCUUCGUCUCGGCAGUUUUCCACCUCCGCCUAUUGCUUUUAGAACCCUUCAUGGUGUGCAUUGAGGUAGCAGAAUAUGCUCUGAUCCUGCUUUGUUGCAUCGCUCUGGUUCUCGGGAAACAAGCGGCGGCGAAAACAACACGGGAAUAUGCAAUUUGCCCGUCGACGAUCAGAGAGCAGGACAUCCAGACGCUGUUGAACAAGCAUCUUCGGAGAAUGAGCCUUCUGCCCUUUGUCCCCACGCUGCUGCUCAUCUACUGGUGUGCAGCUGCGUUUGUUGUGCAGCCCCUGCUUGAACAAGUCUCACAGAAGUCAUUAACGCUGGACAGUGCUCAGCUCUUCAAUAGGCUCUACAAGGCAACGGGACUCCUCAACAACGAAUGCCUUCUCUACUGCUUGUUCUUCAAAUUCAUGGUGGACGCAUCUGUUCUGGCUCGUACAGUGCAGUCUCAUGCAGAGGCAAUUGCCGAGAAAAUCGACGUCAAAAUCAUUCAGGAAUACAAGGAGUUCUUCUCUAAGGGCAAGGAGAAGGAUGAAAUUGGUACCAAAUGGCUGGACAACCUGCAUAUCUCGAUAGUAAGGUUGGCGAGAGUGGUACUGCCCCGACUGGGUACGAUUAGUGGGCCAAUCCUGGCGUUUGCAAUUUGCAACUGGGCUCUCGGGUUUCUCCGCAUGUUCCGUCACUUGGCUGUUGCUGCCGGUGACGGUAUGUCGCGCAACACAGAUGCAGCCACCUCCGUUCUGCAGGUGCUCUUUGUCCACCUCCCCAUUGGCUUGCUGUGCCUGCUUCCUCUGGCGCAGGUGUCAGAUUCUUGUGAUGUACUGCAGGAGAAGGUGAACAACCUGCGAGAGGUGGCUCAUCCCAGCGACAUAGAUCCCAUCGAUCGGACGGAAGCCUACAUGCAAGGUGCCAAUCGCGGGCAAGGACUUGGCUAUCAACUGUAUGGCACGGGCAUGGUCGUCACGAAGCGCGCGCUCCUCGCCUUGUUUGCAAAAGCGGCGGGGUUGGCGUCCCUGAUCCUCUCCGCAUCCUAUCAGAUCAUCAAGCUGCAACUUGGAGUUGUGAAGGUCAGGGACGCGAUGGUCAUGAUGAUGGUGACGACGAUGCGGAGGAUGAUGCGGGUGUUGAUGAUGACGAUGAUGAUGGUGAUGAUGAUGAUGAUGAUGAUGAUGAUGUCGAUGAUGGUGAUUCUUACACCUGACAGCCUGAACUCUAAACCCUGA